UGUCAUCUUUGCUUAGCAAUUUAUAAAGAAUAUGAAAUAAAAUAUUAUUUAGUAGAAAAAGAUCUACUUCUUCGUGAACCUCCUAUCUUUCAUUCUUUUUACACAAAAUAUGAAAAUAAUAUAAUUUAUUUAUGUUUCAACAAAGAAGAAUAUGUGAUAAAUUCAUCUAUCAAAGAGAUUUUAUUUAAUUCUCGUUUUCAUUUAAUUGAAAAACAUAUAUUACCAUUUUUUGAACAAAGUCUUUGUAAUUGUUGUAAAUUAUUUGAGUAUUGUGAGAAAAGUGAUUAUUUAUUCGAUCUUGAUUAUGAUUGCCAAUCUGUUUUUUGUACAGCACAAGAGAAACUAGUUCCUAGUUUACUAAAAUAUUUAAAUCAAAUAUAUGUAUAUCAUAUUCAUAAUACUUGUUCUUCAUGUCAUGAAAUAUGUUUAUUUUUUUUAAAUAAAUAUGUUAGAAAUAGCAUUGAUAAUUUUGGUGAUACUUCAUUUCUUAGAUCUUUGAGAUUUGGUUUUAGUAUUGAAGAUAUGGUUUGA